GAUAUGUAGCGCGAAGAGCGCGCACGUCAUUGGCCAUUCGAUAAAUUGCCGCUUCCUGAAAAAGCACACCUUCACAGCCGCUGGUUGUGGCGCCGUUAGUUAUUCAACUGCCAUUGUAGUUGAAGCCAAAUAAUGGGAGAAUAUGGUAAUCAUUAAAACAGUAAACACAUAAAAUAGAAUAUAUAGAACAUAGUUAUUAUGUUAAGACCAAGUAGCAAUGAUACUUGUAUCAAAACAGUAUCAAAUGAGUUAAAUACAAAUAAUUCGAGUUCGAAUUCGAAUUCGAAUAAACGAAAAGGGGUUUUGACAAUGCAACAGAAGUUAGAAGCAGUGAAAAAAAAAGAUGCUGGUCUUUCUACAGUUGAAAUAGCAAUUGAAUAUAAUACUAGUGAAACAACAGUGAGAAGGUGGAGCCGUGAAAGAGAAAAAUUUGAAAAGCAAAGUUCUUUAUGCAACACAAAAUGUGUACGUUGGUCACCACUUGAAAAAGUUAAUGAAGCUUUAACCAUUUGGUUUCAAAAUGAAAGAAAAAAAAACAAUUCACUUAGUGUUAUAGAAAUUAAAGCAAAAGCUCAAGAAUUUUUUCGUCAAUACGGAGGUGCAGAAUCAUUUAAAGCAAGCGAUGGUUGGUUUAGAACCUGGAAAGCGAGAAAUGGUAUUCGUUCCAUAGCAAUGGCUGUAGCACCAUCAACUACUAAUACAAAUGUAACAAACCAAUUUACAACUGAAAUACUAAAGAUAAUGGAAAAAGAAAAAUUAACUUUACAUCAAGUAUUCAAUGCGGAUGAAACUGAACUUUACUUUAAAAUGAUGCCAAAUAAUAAUUCAAUUGUAAAGACUGAACAUGAAACUCCUAACUCUAAAAGAAUUAAUGACAGAUUGACUAUAAUGGCAUGCUGCAAUACCACUGGUUCAUUCAAAAUGCCAUUACUAGUUAUAGGGAAACCUCAAAAACCAUCAGUAUUGAAAAAUAUAGCUCCACAAAUGCUACCUGUCAAGUACACAGAUCACAAAAAUGCUUGGAUGAGUACUACCAUUUUUGAAAAGUGGUUUAAAGAAGAUUUCGUGCCUCAGGUUACUAAUUUUUUAAAAUCAAGAGGAUUGCCAGUGAAAGCAGUUUUACUAUUGGAUGAUGACAAAACAUAUCCACCAAUAAAUACAUUAACUGUUGGUGGAAUUAAAGCUAUAUUUUUGCCAUUAAAUGUGACCCUGCUUAGCCAACCUCUCGACCAAGGAAUUAUUAAAAUAGUAAAAAGAAGAUACAAAGCAGAAUUCUUAAAGUUCUUAAUAAAUGCCCAAAGUAAUGGGAUUAAUUAUUAUCAAGCAAUAAACUCAUUCAGUGUCAAAAAUGCAAUUGAUUUAGUUAGUCAUGCUUGGAAGGAUGUUACUGAAAAUUUAAUCUACAAUUAUUGGAAAAAAUUAUUAACUAUGCCAGUUGAUGACGAGAACAAUUCUGAUUACGUCACUUCUGAACAUAUCCACCAAAUGUGCAGAAAAAUUGAAAACCAUGAAGAUGUUACAUUGGACCAGAUCAAUGAAUGGAUCCAUAAUGACUGUUUGUCCAGUCUUACUGAUGAAGAAAUCAUUGAAGCUGUAGAAAAUCCCCACAGUGAAGAGAAUGAUACAGAAAUUGAUGAUCCUGUGGAGAAAGAAGUAACACCUUCAGUGGCAUUAAAAGAUAUAGACUGUGCAAUUUCGUUUUUUGAAUGUAAUGGAGGAAUAUCACUUUCUGAUAUAAAGAUUUUAAAAAGGAUAAAAGGUCAAUUAUUAAACCUUAAAAAUCAGCUUUAAUUAAACAGAAUAUAUUAUAAGAAGAUAAUUUUUAUAGGAAUAAAAAUUUAUAUAUUUUUA